AGUGGCCAAGGUUGAGAAACACUGGUUUAAGACAACCAGAAAGACGGUGGGGAGAAAAGAAAAUUAACCAUAUGCUUUGGGUGCAAAACUUCAGAUCCGGCUUUGCUUCUCUGUAACCACUUGGCUUUAGUAAAGUGCACUUUCCUUAACAACAGAUUUGAGAGUCUUUCUUUUCUAACUGACCAAGUUAGGAGGGCUCACACACACACACACACACACACACACACACACAGCAUUCCCCAAUGUAGUUGUGCAAGGAAUUGCACGAAGAACUGUCAGCUGUCACCAGCUCUGCACUUAAUGUCCAUAGAGGGAAAGAAAAAACCCUGGGGGCCCAUCACAGGGACUGUCAAAAAUAGCCCUUUUCCAGAGGUCAAAGUUGAAGGCCAGUCUGGGGAUUCCAGCACCUCCAUUGGUGGAGAGAAGUGUCCAACUAAGAAGAAGCCAGAGAGAGCCCACCCCCUCGUGACUCCCACCAGGAUUCUGCUCUGGAUAUCGGGAGGCCAACAUUGCAUUUGGGUCCAGAGAUUGAGGGUGGGGUUCAGGAUGCUUUGGCCCCCAUUGUGAGGUGGGGGCUGCCUUGGAGACCUUUUCUGCAGGGGCCUCUCAGGAGAUCUUGAGGGGGCAGGAGGAGCUGGGCUGGGAGGACCCUCUGGGGCCACCAAAAACCAACAGGGCCCCAGCGAAAGGGCAGCCUCCGUGCUCCAAACUUGAGCCAUCAUGGAUCCAUCAGAAGAAGAAGACGACGGGGCCAACGAUGAACAGCCAGAGCCGACUGUCUCUCUCAAAGCCUGUUUCAGCCAAGGUGGGUCUUUGGUGGGUCCUAGGGGUAGGAAGUGACCAGCGGAACAGCCAGGAGGAGCCGUGAACCUUGUUGCCAUUUCGAUGCCCUUCUCCCUGAGGCCAUCCUUGAACUUCCCAAACAGCGGGACAGAAGGUAACCCCUCUCCCUGCCUGGGAGCUCCUCUUUUCGUCCUGCCUUCCCCCCCUUCCACACCCCCAGGCCUAGCAGCCCCCUGCCCCAACAGCGGGAGAUGCUGAGGAAUUUCCUACCAACAGAGGAAAAGGGGGAGCGAAGGUUCAGAGCUCCUCUUUCCUCCCCCAGGGAAGAAAGACAUUCUUCUCCCUUCUUCCCCCCACCCCCCUGCUCCCCAGGUCUGAAGCAUCUGCAUCACCGGCCGGAACUCUGCGAUGCCACUUUGGUCGCCGGAGGGAAGAGGUUCCCUUGCAACAGGGCCCUCUUGGCCUCCAUCAGCCCCUACUUCCAGGCCGUCUUCACAAGCGGCUUCAAGGAGUCCCGGGAUGGGGAGGUCCUCCUGGAAGACAUGGACCCCUCCGUCCUCCAGAAUCUCCUGGGCUACCUCUACUCGGGGGAGCUGGCUUUCAGUCCCGGAAGCGCCGAGGAGCUCUUCAUCGCGGCCAGCCGGCUCCAGCUCAGCCCAGCACUGACGCUCAUCAGCAGAUUCCUGAUGGAGAAGAUUUCCCCGGAGAACUGCCUUCGCCUUUACAUGCUGGGCCACGACCACAACCACCCCGCCCUGCUGCAGGGGGCGCUGCGCUACCUGGGUCUCCACUUUGGCCUCCUCUUCGAACACCAGGACUUCCUGCAGCUGGAUCUGAGGGCCCUGACCUGCAUCCUCUCCUCGGACCACCUGGCGGUGGCCUCAGAAAUGGAGGUCUUCCGGGCCGCGCAGCGGUGGGUGGGAGCUGAGCCCAGCAAGCGCCUCCCAGUGCUGAGGACGCUGCUCGGGUGCGUUCGCUUCCCGCUCCUGUCCCAGGAGGAGGUUGCCCAGGUGCAGACGGAGGCAGAGCUGCCGGGUCAGCGGCUGGAGGUCCGGUGGCAGGACCUGGACGGAGCAGGGAGGCUGCAGGUGAGCGGGGGGCUCCGCCGGGGCAUGUACCAGGAGAAGAUCGUCUGCAUCAAAGUGCCCCGUUUGAGGGACAUCCUCUCGGUCAGCGAAGACAUGGACUGCUACAUGGAGUGCCUGAAUCCGACCAGCGGGUCCAGGACGAAGCUGCCAGCCUUGGAACUGGUGGCCCUCCCCGGCUGCUCCGUGCUGGACCAGAGGCUCUACAUCUCCGGAGGGAAACACGCCGAUGGCUCCUAUUCCUCUGCGCUGCACGAGUACAACUCUCUGGCUGACCGCUGGGCCCAGCUCCCCGCCAUGUCAACGCCCCGCUCUGUCCACAUGUUCCUAACCUGCAAGCAGAAGCUUUUCGCCCUGAGCGGCUGGAACGAUGCCGGCCCCCUGGCCUCGGCCGAGUGCUUUGAUGUGGCCCAGCAGCUGUGGGCCUCCAUCGCCAGCCUGCCCAUCGUCCUGCGCUUCUCCGCCUCCGCGGCGUACAAAAACAAGCUCUACUUAAUAGGCGGCGACGCCGACUCCGACGAUGUGGUCUACAAGGGCCUCCUCAUCUACGACACCCACCUGGAUACCUGGGCGCAGGUGCCACUCGAGUUUAGCCUCCACGGGGCAGCCGCAGUCACCGUGGAGGCCGGGAUCUGUGUCAUCGGGGGCUUCUUCUCCAGGAAGGCCAACCAACCGCACCCCAACCGGAGGUUCAGCCAACUUCUUCCUUGCACCUCGAAAUGUUUCCUCAUGCAGGAGGAGGGCAUCAUAAGCAGGGAGGUGGCCAUCCCUUCCCUGCCCGUGCCCCUUGCCUUUGCUGGCGCCACUUCCUUCCAAGGGAGGAUUUAUGUGAUUGGCGGUGUCUGCACCUCCAGAACCCACGACGCCAUCUACCACUGGCAACCCGGGGAAGCCGCCUGGACCCAGGACCCCGAGAACCUCACCGCCCAAGGAAUGGUUGUGCGCAGGGUGCUCAAGUGUGUGACCCUCAAGGUGCCAAUAGCCGAGCUGAGGGCCCUCGCGCAAGAGACCUCGGCAGGCCCGGUGGCUGUGGGGGUCACUGAGCCCCCGCUCCCCCUGGAGAAGAGCGACAAGGAGCACCACCCUCCUUCUCCUGACCUGGCACCAGGGAGACCCUCAACUGGUGGGGAGUUGUAGAAGCAGAAGACCGCCUCCCCCCCGCCCCAGAAGAGCUAUUUUCAAGUGAACUCAUUAAAAAUCCAUGUGGCCCCUCCCUCCCGUUCUGUUUCCUGCCUACA